CCAGGCGAGACCACAGGGACAGACCCAGGAGAAAUAUACUUUGAGUUCAGAGACUGUGUGUGGUUGUGAGUGUUACAGUGUGUAAAAAAAUGACCAGAAGGUCUGUAUCUACUCAAAAAGAUGACAAGGUUGCAGCAAAUGGACACAAUGGGACUCAGUCACAUCCCAGGGGGAAACAGGACGACAAGAAGGUGGGCCUGGGGAAGAAGGUGACCCUGCUCCGAGGGAUCUCCAUGAUAAUCGGCACCAUCAUUGGAGCUGGGAUCUUCAUCUCUCCAAAGGGAAUCCUGAAGCACUCGGGCAGUAUAGGAAUGUCCCUGAUAAUGUGGAUCGCCUGCGGGGUGCUGUCACUCUUCGGAGCCCUGUCCUACGCUGAACUAGGCACUUGUAUCAAGAAGUCCGGUGGACAUUACACAUAUAUACUGGAAGCCUUUGGACCACAGAUGGCUUUCAUGAGGCUAUGGGCUGAUCUUAUUGCUAUAAGGCCUGCAGGGAUGGCAGUCAUCUCUCUGGCCUUUGGUCAGUACAUUCUGGAGCCUCUAUUCAUGCCCUGCGAUGUCUCCCCCUUGGCUGUCAAACUGGCCACCGCCAUCGGCAUAACAUCUGUUAUGUACCUGAACAGUAUAAGCGUGACAUGGACCGUGAGGAUUCAAAUCUUCCUCACCUUCAGCAAGCUGCUGGCCAUCAGCAUCAUCAUAGUGCCCGGAAUGUACCAGCUCUUUAAAGGAGAGACGAAGAACUUUGAGAAUGCCUUUGAGAUGAGCAACGUGGAGCUGUCUGGUUUGCCACUGGCCUUCUACUCAGGGAUGUAUGCAUACGCUGGGUGGUUCUAUCUGAACUUUGUGACAGAGGAAGUAGAUAACCCUGAGCGGACUGUGCCUUUAGCUAUCUGUAUCUCCAUGGGGAUUGUGACCUCCUGCUAUGUGCUGGCCAAUGUGGCGUACUACACUGUGAUGUCAGCAGAGGAGCUCCUGGCCUCAGAGGCAGUUGCAGUGACGUUUGCUGAGAAGCUGAUGGGGAACUUCUCGAUAGCGGUGCCGCUGUUUGUGGCCCUGUCCUGCUACGGCUCCAUGAAUGGCUGCCUCUUCGCCUUAUCAAGAAUGUUCUAUGUGGCAUCACGUGAGGGACAUCUUCCUGAGGUUCUGUCUAUGGUCCAUGUCCACAGACACACUCCACUGGCUGCUGUCCUUAUACUGUACCCUAUGACCAUGCUGCAGCUGUUUGUGGGAGACAUCUACAGCCUGCUGAACUUCAUGAGCUUCCUGCGGUGGCUGUUCAUCGGUGUGGUGGUGCUGGGUUUAAUCUACCUCCGAUACACAAAGCCUGACCUCCACCGCCCCUUCAAGGUCCCGCUCUUCAUCCCUGUGGUGUUCUGCCUCACAUGUUUCUUCAUGGUCUCCCUGUCUCUGUACUCGGACCCAGUCAACACGGGGAUUGGAUUUGCCAUUUCCCUCACUGGCAUCCCCGCCUACUACAUCUUUAUUUACUUCAACCACAGACCAAAGUGGCUUCAGAGGGCUUUAGAUUCCUUUAACAGAACCCUGCAGAUCCUCCUGCUUGUCAUCCCUGCUGAGCAAUAACAGCUCUCGAACGCUAUAUCACCUCCUUGGUCCCUGCGAAUCCCACAUAGAGUUUACACUAAGUUGAACUGUUAUACUCUCCAAAACUCUUUUAAGACAAAGAUUGAAAGUUAGAAAUGUCUGUGCUGAAUGAGAGUUUAUAUAGUGUGUUUUAUUAAAGGAUAAAAGAUUUAUGUUGAAAGAAAUGAAAUUUGUUGUCAUCGUUUUUGUUAACAUUGUGAUUAUUCCCCGAAAAUUGCCAUUUUCUUCUCGACCCACUCUUACUGUGUGACUAAACAGAGCAUGUCACUGCACAUGAUACAGUGUUAGUAUGUAUUAUCAUUCAGUGUCUGGACUAAUGUGAGCUUAUUAUUCUGUAUAUCAUCUGAUUCUUUGUAGAAAUGAUUGUGCCAUGUUAUCACCAUUUCCUUGAAGUCGAAGCAACGUUAUCUCACAUAAAGACAUGAAAAGACUUACCUCUUAACAUAAUGAUGGCAUGUAAUGUAAAAAAUUACAGGUGGCAGCACAGUUGGCUUUCAGUAUAAAAAAUACUUGGCUCCACCUGUUUAGGCAGUUGAGGCAACAAAACCACUUGUUUAGAUUUAGAUAGAGAUGUGAUGAAACUACUUAAAGGAUGUAUGUGUGUAAAGUUUAAAGUAGUUUGCAGUGACUUUUAGUUUCACACAGGACAUGAACAGCCGUCUUCUGGGUAAAAGUCCCAUGUUUGUUGGAUCCCUCCAUCCUGACAUCCUCCCUAUAGGCCCAUUUCCACUGGAGGAACUCGGGGGGAGUUUUAUGGGGUCUCAUCCGCUGGUGUGUGUCUCCGCCACAGAAACUGCCCUAGGAGGGCAAAACAAGUCCCUGCCUUGGGUUAAUUACUUCAGUACGGCCCCAAAAAACUGCUGGGUGGGAUGUAAACAAAACAAGUGCCAUUUUUAAUGCUGCAAUCCUGUGAUGUCUGAAUAAAUGAUGACUUUUAAACUGCGAAAAUCCACAUGAAUGGCCUCAAUUUGGAAACUCUGAGAUAAUUUUAUAACACGAGUUGCUGACUUUAUGUCAAAAUGCAUAAACGUGACGGGCAAAAGUCAAUGUUUGGUCAGUGGUAAGAAAUAUUUUUAUUAAUUCAUGUACAGAAAUAGCUAUCAACCUCUUGUUGAAACGCUCUGGAAAUUAAAAUGCAACCCAUCUUCUUUGUAGCUUCCAUGUUGUUCCCGCUUUAUGACCUCAAAGGUCAUGAACAAUGACUUCCCAACUCGGAAAGUUUGACCCCACGACAUCACAUGAACGCAGUGUAAAACCCAGAAGAAGAGAGAAGAACAUCAACUCUGGAGUCCAGUGUCCUAGCGGGGACAUACACUGCAAUGGAGACAAAAGUUUAGAGGACCAACUUUGAGGCCUUUCUUUUAAAUGUUAGCCUUCUAGUGUGAUGUAACUGAGCCAAGGAAGUCAUGUGUCCAACAUGACAAAGGAUUGUAAUUGAUUUUCCACUGUUUCUAUGGUGCAGUGGUAAUUUUAACACAGUAGUGGCCACCAUUACAUAUAACAGUGAAGAGGUCAUUGUUAUUUUAAUGUAUUUCUUUGAGAGCAGAUCUAAACCACAGAGUCAAAUGUGUUGAUUAUGUUUCUUAACUUGUUUUUAGGAGGUACAAAUUUCAAACAUUGUGAAAUGAGCACCAUGUCUUUGAAUUUCAAUACCAGCCACUGCGAACAAUAACAGAAUGGGGUUCUCUGUUAUAAAGGUUGAACUAAAGGACAUAUUCCCAGGAACAGGUAGUGUGUAUUGUAACACAUCCUAAUGAAAUGUUGAUAAUUAUCCCUGUUCCUGAAAUUUGUAUUUGAAUCCAGUUGCAGGUUGAAAAUACCAAAAUUUGCCAACAAAUCUAAACCCUAGUCUGUUCUUGCCUUUUAAUGUACAGUCUACAAAUCAUUCAGGUAAUAUUAGCAGAGUUCUCCUUUUGUUGUUCACGAAAAAGUUUGUGCUUUUAGGUGUCAAAUGCAAAACUAGUUCAAAACACAGAGAACAUACCUGUUCUCCUCAACUUGCUGUAAUAAUGCUCAAUUCUCUGUUUGUAUUCUCUGUCAGAUUGGGUAGCUAUAUUAAAUUUGUUGAGCCAGUUCAA